CGUUCUCGAGUCAUCUGCUCGAGGCCGCGAUCAUGUUCGGCAGACAACUUUGCGUUUUAUUGUGGAAGAAUAUUUUCCUGUACAAGCUUCGUCGAAACUGGCUUGUCACAGCACUAGAGAUACUCACGCCUUUGCUACUGACCUGCGUUCACUUAUACCUCCACUGCCAGAGGGAGGCUGGCCUUCGUUCAACGAGUCAGGACCCAUCCCAGGUUGCCCAAUUCCCUGUCAAGCUUGUGGCACCGACAGCCAUCGGAUUUCCUAGAGUGCUCGCAUUCGUUCCCCCAGCGGAUGACUCCGAUCAUGGUAACAGCAGCAGAUCAGAGUCUCUACUCCGCGCUGCUCUGCCGUCCUACGUGCGACUGAUCAGGUUCGAAAGUGAAGGCGAUAUGGUACAAAACUUGACCAGCGCCAAAGGCAUUUACGGUCUUUCCGACAAGUACGGCAUCGUGUUUGAACGUCUCGACAACAGUGCGCUGGACUACAAACUGCGGUAUCCUUCGUGGCAAGAGUUCUACACGCAACAAACGGUUCGCUCACGGCUUCCGCAAGAAAAGACUCCAAUGUGGUUAUCAGGAAUUCUUCUACCAAUGCUCACAUGGAUCAACUUGGCCCGAGCCCGUGAAGCGGGCGCAACAGUUCCCCCAAUAGUAUUUCGAACUCACCAGUUUCCUGAGCCGGUUGCCACAUCGAUGAAGGGAAGCAAUCGACGCUUCAUCGAUACCUGCAUUGUGUACGGCUUUAUAGUGAUAGCGCCCGUCGCCGUGAAGCGCAUCGCCGAAGAGAAGUCUGUAGGGAUGAAGGAGCUUUUACGGAUCACAGGCGUCUCCGACGCCACGUACUGGCUCUCGAUGUUCCUCAGUGGUUUGCUCGUCAUGUCGAUGGCUGGCCUCUUGGUCACCGUUCUCAUCACGUUCCCAAUUUUCUGUGCCCCGCCGGUGCUCCCUGGUAGUGACUUCUCCUUGGUCCUCGCCAUGAUAAUACUGUACUCUAUGUUCUGCGACCUGUUCUGCCUCAUGAUCAGUUGCAUCGUAAAGACACCUGUGUACGCGGUGUUCGCAACCGUUUGCCUGUGGAUGCUGUCUUACGAAGUUCCGCUUUUCUUCAUGGAUACCCCUGGAUCUAUAGAAUAUACAGAUCUCCUCUUCAGCGAUAAGAUAAUGGUUUCAAUCUUCCCCAACAUGGCAUUCCACUGGAUUUUUCGAAUUAUAAACUUCCACGAAGAAUUUCAUAAUGGCGCCCAUUGGAACAAUAUUCACCUUCCCGGUACACCAUACGAUAACAUAACAAUGCUGAACAUGGUGGUUGCGGUGGCCCUGUACGGUCUUCUUUACGCCUUCUCAGUGUGGUACCUAGACAACGUGUGGCCCUGGCAGUACGGUAUCCCGAAGGAUAUGUUGUUCUUUCUUCGACCCAGCUACUGGCGCCCUCGUCCCGAUGAAGGGAGCGUAGAUUCAACUGAGCAGACGGCGACGGACCAAAGCGUAGCAUUCGAGCCUGUCAGUACGCAAGCCAAUCCCGGCGUUGUCAUCUCAAGGGUGUCGAAGGUGUACGGCAACACUGUCGCUGUGAGGCACGUAUCCCUAAAAGCGUACCCAGGCGACGUAACUGUGCUGUUGGGCCGCAAUGGAGCCGGAAAAACGACGCUUCUGAGGCUUAUCACGGGUCUGGAAGCCCCCACGGAAGGAAGUAUCCUCGUCGGAGGCCAUAGCGUCGUCACUGAUACCGACGCUGCACGACAUUCCAUGGGAUUUUGUCCGCAGGAGAACAUUCUCUUCCACUGCAUGACUGUGCUCGAGCACAUGCAGUUCUUUGCCAGGAUUCGUAACGCGUAUGGCUCCGGUGCCCAGAAGGAGAUAAAUACUAUUCUUGUGGCGUUUAACCUGGAAGAGAAGCGUCAUACCGUAGCCAGUUCACUAUCUUGGGGACAGCAGCGGAAGCUUCAACUAGGCGUCAGCAUUGUUGGAAGUCCUAAGAUAAUAGUUCUGGAUGAACCCACAGCCGGCGCCGACCGCGAAUGCAAGGAAUCUCUGUGGCAAUGUGUCCUUCGCUUCCACGAAGAUAAGACGAUGCUUUUGACGACACACAGCAUGGAGGAAGCUGACUCUUUAGGAGAUCGCAUCGCUGUGAUGGCCAGUGGUCGGCUUCGAUGCUGCGGGUCUCCCCUUUUCCUACGUAAUUCUUACGGCACUGGGUACUGGAUAAGGUUGUCAUUAAAGAACUUUAGCCGCAUCAAGGCUCUGACACAGAUGGUGAGAAGUCGCUUGCCGCGUGCAGUGGUUAUGGCGGACAACCACCAGCACGUACAGAUUCAGGUCGGCAAUCCCGAAACUGUGAAAUUUAUCGAACUGUUGCAUGCAAUCCACGUCAACACUGAAGACUUGCUCGUUGAGAGUUUCGUCGUUUCCGCUGGGGCACUGGAAGACGUUUUAGUCAAGGCGGAACAAUGUUCAGAGGACACUGAAACAUCCCUUGCGGCAACGCCAGAGCUCCCGGACUGCCCUUGCGAACUAGUAGAGGCGAGCCGUGCUUGCAAGGGACAUCUGCAUGCCCUACCACGUCCGUCGCAGCAACUACGUGCCCUGCUGGAGAAGAGGACACUGCACAUGCGUCGGGACUGCAGGCUACCCGUUCUUAUGUUAUUGCUGCCACUUUCUGUGCUCACGCUAUUCGUUUUCAUUAACCAGACUCACGUGAGCCGCAUGCUGACAUAUGGAAAGGCCAUUGAGUACAACCUCAAGUCCGUUUACGGGCACACGACAGUGUUCUACAAGGCAGACAAUGAGUCCGAAGCGUUCGCAAGCAACCAAUACGCCCAUACCUUGGAGACGGAACAAGGUGCUCUGGUCCAGCGCCUUGAUGUGGACCCCAAUGAAUGGCUCAUGGAAGCGGCUCGCAAGUCCUUUCGCUUGUACAGGCGAACCUACAUAAUAGGUGCAGAGUUUCGAAUGAUGAACGCGUCCGAGCUGGAGAACAACACCGAGCCUAUUCCCGGAACGCCGGACACAGCACCCAACCAAGUCCUCGAGGUGACAGCGUGGCACACGGGAUUCUCCCCGCAUUCCGCACCAGUGUCUCUUCUCGAGGUCACGCGAGCCUUCUUCGGAAAUUCAUCACUGCGCGUUAUUAACCACCCAUUGCCAAAGGAAAAUCCACAUCCUUCUCCAGACCCCCUCAUCGUGCUAAUCACUCGUCUGACGUGCGCGGUCUUCAUCCCUGUGGGACUGGCUUUCUUGGCAGCUGCCUUUGUGCUUUUUCCUACCCAAGAGCGAGCACACAACGCCAAACUAUUACAGCUUCUCGCGGGCGCCUCGUCGGCUACCUUCUGGGGUUCUGCGUUCCUGGUCGAUAUAGUAAUGCACGCCGUGGCUGGACUGGCACUGAUGCUGCCGUUUGUGUUCCUCGAUAAGCACGGCCUCUACUCGGAUUCUGCCACUCUAGGAUCACUCUACCUGCUGGUGCUAGCGUACGGCUGUGCAAUGAUCCCCGUGGCUUACAUAGUGUCACUGUUCUGCGAUAGGCCAGCUACGGGAUACGUCGCAAUCGCCAGUAUAAAUAUUGUUGCUGGUUUAGUAUUAUGCACUUCGAUGACUCUUCUUUAUUACGUGCCCAAACUGGACGGCAAUAACAACGCUUCAGAAGCUACCUUGGACGCUGCCUUGUGGAUGUUCCGUUUCAUACCAAGUUUCGCACUCACCUGGGGCUUCGCUAACUGCCUCCAUGUGUCGCAAGAGACUGUGAUGUGCCGCUACAUGACACGAUUCGAUCGUCUGGUCUUCUGCGGUGAAGGCGGUAAUAUCGCUUCAGUGCCCGACCAGCUGAACAGGUUCAUCGAGUGCUGCCCCGACAAAUGCAGAGACUGCAUUGAAGGCCAGUCAUGCUUGAGCUGGGCGAAAAUGAAUAGUGGGCGUGACCUGGUACUCAUGCUGCUUCUCGGAGCUGCCUUACUGUCUUUCGUGACGAUAUGGGACUCUGGAUUGCUGCGCUUUCCUUCCUGGAGCAGCAAGGAGACUCUCGGGCAAAACCACGCAGACACCGUGGCCAUGGAAGAGAAACGUGUCCAGAAACUGGUGGACGAUGACAUGAUCAACCAGGUUGCUCUUGUGGUAUGCAAGCUAACGAAGACAUAUGGUACGCUAGAAGCAGUUCACGGUGUGUCGUUUGUGCUGCGCCGGCACGAGUGCUUCGGCCUUCUCGGUGUGAAUGGGGCUGGAAAAACCAGCACGUUUCGCAUGCUUGCCUGUGACCUCUCACCCACCUCUGGAAACGCAUACAUCGAGGAUGGGGACCUUAUCUACAACCGCACUAAGUACCAGCGCAGAAUCGGAUACUGUCCCCAAACCGACGUGGAGCUGGGUCUCCUAACUGGUCGCGAGACGCUCCGUCUUUUUGCACGUCUGAGAGGUAUCGACGAAUUGUCCAUGCCUCACGUGGUCCGACAGACUCUUGGCUUCGUGGAGCUUCUGGACUAUGCUGACGUUAAAGUUGCCAACUACAGUGGGGGCACGAAACGGAAGCUGACAUUAGCAGUAGCAUUCAUCGGAAAUCCCCGGGUGGUUCUCCUAGAUGAACCGACGUCAGCUGUUGACCCGCCGGCUCGUCGACGUAUCUGGAAGACACUCAUAACGGCCAGGCAGCACCUCGACCUUGCCCUUCUGCUGUCCUCACACUGCAUGCGCGAAUGUGAAGCCUUGUGUUCCCGCUUGGCAAUCAUGGCUGAAGGCCGCAUCGCCUGCAUCGGGGACACACAGAGACUGAAGGCUGCCUACGGACGAGGUUUCGGGGUCCUUCUACGCAAGAGCGAAGGCGCUUCAGACGCCGCUCUGACAGAGGCACUCGGUCAGCUGUUUCCUGGAGCUGCUCUCCGACGGCACCGCGAUGCCUUGCUGCGCUUUUACGUGCCUUUGUCUCAUGACCAUCCAUUGCCUUGGCACGAGAUCUUUAUGCGCUUGGAGGACUUGCGAAGCAAGACCGGCGUUAAGGAUUACCUGGUUGCGGACGCCGGCAUCGCAGAGCUAUUCCUUCACUUCGCUAGGCAACAUUAUGAGCCCACGCUAUCAACGGUGUCCUAGGACGACAUAUUUAAACAAUACGAUACGCACUUCGUGUAGGGGGACGAACUAUCCUAGGCAUCAAGAUUGUACUUGUUGUGGAUAAUCAUGACAUAACGAAUACAGUCAAUCUUUGCAUU